UGGAGCCUUCGGCUUUCUGAAAAGCAUGGGUUCUCCAGGGGAAAAGAUCCAGAUUGCUUCAGGAGGAGAGGAGAGGAGAGAAACAUUCUGCACCGUCUAUCUCACCCCCAAACGUUUUCUUCGUUGCGUUCAGGAUGGUGGUUAGUACCUGGUAAAGCACGAGGAGGCGGACGCUCAGCAUUUCCACGGGAAAACGGAAUCAAAAUAACAGGGCUUUCUCUCAUGUUCUCCCCAGCAAGGAACAAUUUUCUCUGAUGGCACAACAGCACUUCCUUUCUGAUUCAAGUGCUGUUGAACUGUUGGAUUGCACACCACAUGGUUGAGCUGGAACACAUCUCAAGAGUCUCAUGAAGCAUACAGUGAGGUCAUCUGGUCACGUCAACGGGCCAGUUGCUGCACUAAGGGCACUUAACAGAAUCUUCACUGCUCUCCUUUAUCUUUUGUCAUCAUGCCGUCAAGUGCAGCCAAAUAGAGAGGUUGCCUGAAGGCCGCACUGGAACACUAAUCUGAGAUCAAGAAAGAUGUGAAAUCCGACAGCCUAAUCUAAGGGAAAAAGCACUCACAGUAGCCUACUGUUAAUGGAUUCAUAGUUAGGCACAGCUGUUGGAAGCUUCUGCCGGAACAAGUGAACACCAUACGGACAGAAUAUGAGUCUACAGGGCGAGUUAGGUGGGUCUUAUGACAGCAGCCUGCAGGACAGCAGAGGAGAAAUUAAAAACAACAAUAAGCAGGCCUUUGUAACUUCAGGUGAUGCCAAUGCCAAUGAAAUCCCAGCAGAAGAUAGUUGCAAUGAGGACGGGGGUGGCACUUGUAAAGGUGGGACUGGUGAUACUGUUACUAUCCCCCCUCUGGUGUCGCAAACCGAAGAUCAGGACAAAAUCAUCAUCUGGGGGACAGACUCCCAAUGCGAUGACCCAGACUUAGAGGAGUUUGAGCUGCUGGAAUGCCAAGAGCUAGAGGCCUAUUUGGAAGAAGAAGGUACAGGUAUGUUCCUGGAGUCGGACUCUGCUUAUUCUCAGCACACUGCCUGUUCUUCUCCUCAGAUGGCUGCAAAAAUUGAGGUAAAAGGCGACACGUGUUCUGCCCUGUCAUUUAAAAAGAGAAUAGCUCAAGGCCCUGGGCAAAUGGCACCUGAGGUCAGCUCAGAAAAUGAUAUAAUCGUUUCCUGCAUUUCUGCAUCAUCAACUCCCAGUAGAGGCUUAGCAAGCACACUGGACAGCUCUAGAAGAACACAAACAGUGGAUCCUCAGCACACUCCACCUGAAGCACUCAGUAUGACCUCGGAAGACACUCUUGCUUUUCUAUCCAAUGUUGCUACCUCAGUGAAGAGCAGGAGAUCCCAGAUGAUUGCGAACCCUCCCGUUGGAAGCACAAAGCAAUCUGACAAUAGUGCUCAAAAUCUAAACUCAAAAUUUCAGUCUCAGGAAGUCCUUUAUAAAACAGAAGCACAGCCAGAACAAAGGUAUUCAGGCCAGAGGAUAAAGAUGAGCCCCUGUGAGGGUCUUACAGAUUCACAGACAAGUGUAACUGAGUUAACAUCUGGACAGCAUGAACAAAAGGCUGUAGAUUCAGCCAUAACAGAGGGAAAGCCCAAUCCCAGUUUGAAAGAUGGGUUUUGGAAGGGGCAUUCAUUUACUACAGCAGCAUUACCGGGUCAAGGGAAGGACUCAGAAGAAGACACAUCACAUCAAUCAGUCCAACCCAGGCCACAUACUUCUGACACUGGCAGGGUGCAAAAUGCAUCAGGACACAGCUCAGACGAGAGCAGAAUAUCCCCAAGUGCUGAAACCACAGUGCAUAAAGCCAGUCAUAAGGACAGUUUCAGGGUUUCUCAAUCUUUUGGUAUACCCACCGUUGAACAGGCUGAACUCUCUGGCAGUCUGUCAUUAAAAGGACAUGCCGAUAUAAUAGAAGGCCCCACCUUUGAUCAGUCUAAAGGCCUUCAUAAGCAGGGCUCUGGUGAAUAUGUUUCUGGUGAUGGGGAGGUUACUAUGGCAGACCCAUUCACUGCUGAUAAAAAGCAACAGCUGGGAAAGAAAUCAUGUACAGAGCCCUCAUCUGAGGCCCAAACAGGAGCCAAAAGCACAGGCUCGCCGCGAAGAAGACCCCUGUCUUCACCAGGAAAAGUGAGUGCCAGAGCACAGCCUGGGGAACCUGGUAACACUUCAAAAGAGCCUGUUUUGUUUUACAAUGAGAGGCUCCAUCCCGCUGGAUCUUCAGUGGACAACCUCCAGAUGUUAAACAGUGGCCUGAAACCACCGAGCAAGGUGUGUCUCAGCAGUGGAAUCCCCAAACCCAUCUUACAGCAUCCUAGGACCUCUCUCCUGAACCGGGGAGAAACAGAGACGAGCUCUGGGAGCAAGUUAGAGGAUAAGAAUGAAGCAAAGUUCCCCCCUAAGCCAAAACACGUCAGGCCCAAAAUUAUAACCUACAUUCGCAAAACACCACAAGUCAAGCAGCUGGAUGGUGCUUAUGAUGUUGCCACCCUACCCUCCAGGCUUUCUACCUAUACCAGCCCCCUGGCCAAAGAACCAAAACAAGUGAGCAGUGAUCCCAAAUCCUCUCCUGUGCUUAGUGCUUCCAACCUCCUGUAUGACAAGUACCGCAAUGAAAUGCAAAAGGGCCGUUACUACUCUUCAGGGUUAAUGGUGUCUGGAAUCAAGCCACCCAGCCAUACAGUUCCCCACAAGAUGGUCGUGAAAUCGGAUAGUUUCUAUGGAGAGCUGGCCGAUAAGCUCCUACAGGACGUGGGUGGUGGGGCAGGCAGAACUGAUGUUGGACUAGCUGGACCAGGGCAGGAGGACUCUACGAUUUCCCACCUCGGUGCACACGAGGCUGGUCCUGCUAGUAUCUUUCGCUCCUCUAUGGUCCUCAGGCCUCAGCUGGGCUUGGGUGCGGUCACCAGGUUGCCUUCUGCCAAGACCAGAAUGCUGUUGGCAGGUCAGAGGUCAGCCUUGUCCUUCAACCACCCGACUCAGGCAGCCAGUCCAGCUUCCCAAUGUUGCCCAGACCCCUCAGUGGACCAGAGGAAGAACAUCCCGGGCACUCCUACAAGGUCUCACUUUCCCAAGCCAGGCCUGUGUACCUCCUGGUGCUGUCCAGGCGGUGGGGCUGAGGAACAAACCAGUCAGAAGCCACCUGUACCGCCAAGUGAGACUCCCAGAGGACCCAGCAGGAGCAGUCCUCAGCCUCCCAGCACUCCUGCCACUGCCCGACGCACCCUGCUUCCAGCCCAAAAGGGCUCCCCUGUGGCUUCGAGGAAGGAGAUACAAAAAGAUGUUGAAGUCGCCAAGCCAGCAAUUUCAUCCCCCAAGAGAUUUGUGGUGGCUGCCUCCAAGCCCCAUUCCCCAGUACACACACGACAGAAACCCGGUGCCCCACGGAAUGCGAUUUCACCCAAGUCAGAGCCCCACGCGCGGGAGGCGGAGAGGCAGAUAGUGCAGAAGCUGAAGGAGAAGUGUGAGGAGCAAGCCCGGCAGCUACUGAGCCUGCAGGAGGAGCUGAAGAAAGCCACUCUGGGCCUGGAGGUCUUUGCCAUCACCACACAGCACUUCUGUCAGAAGGUAAAGGUGUUAAGUCACAGCCCAUCUCUAAGGAUGCUGAGCUUUCCAGAAACAAGUUUUUAA